AGGUAACAGAUUAUUAUUUAACUGCCAUCUAAAGGAAGAGCUUUAUUGGUGAUGUUAGGUUGCAAUGACAGAACAAGCCAAAAAAAAUCUGCGGGUUGUUGCUGUGUCUGCACAUGAUCCUAAUGUGGAUGAUGACCUUGAAGCAGCAGAAGCUGUAUUUACAGCCCCUGAUAUAUCCUCUCAGCUGCCUGUAAAACGAGGAGACAAGUUUGAGGUGUUAGGCAGAGAUGUUGACUGGUGGCUUUAUGUAAAGAAUGUUGAAAAUGAAGAGAAAGGUUACAUCCCCAGCACAUGUGUGGUGCCAUUAAAGGAUGAUUUAACUAAUGAAGAGUAGGUGACAUUUGAUACAAAUAUUUUAAUUUAUUGCAAUAAUUAUUUUAAACUGAUAAAAUUAAAAUGUAUCUUUAAUGUUACUGCACUCAAUAAAGCAGUCUAGCAAGUAUUUGUGGGUUCUAGGGAUGAUGAGUUAGGACACAAUGUUGAAUUGACAGCUGACUUGGUCAACUCAAGUGUUGAACUGAAAUUCUUUCCUGAGGCUCCUGCUGAAAAGGAUGCAGUAAAUAGGGUAAGUUCAAGUUUCCAGUCCUUAAUUUGACAUUAUCUUUCGUGUGCGAUUUGCAUGAGCAAUGCGCCAGUUUAUUGAAAAUUUGCAUACUCAGUGUAUUUGUUUGCUUUUAGUACCUUUCUUUUUGGUACUUUCAGGAAUGUGGCUAUGAUAGAAUUGAGUUGUAAGCUACAGGUUCUAGUGCAAGCCUCUUAUAACUCUGAAUUCUAUUGUGCCAAAGUAACAAAAAACGCCAGAGUAUAUUAUGCAUUAUAGAUUGAAUACUAUAGUAUUUUUGGAAUUUCGACAUUGCAAGAGCAGUUCUUGCCAAGAGCAAAAGAUGGUGGGAAUGUUAGGUUUACAUGAAGCUCUACCCACAUGACAAUUGGAAAGUAUCAUAAUUUGUAUUUUUCAAAGUGGCCUACUGCAAUAAGGGGUAAUGUUAAAUACUACACCUGUCAGACAACCCUCAAAUUCACCUAAUACUUUAUGCUAUCACUAUAUUGUACUCAAUAGAGAGGUAGGACAUGACCACACUCAUAACCUUUAAACAUUUAUUUGUUAUUUUUGAUAAGUAAACAUAAAAUUAUGCAAAUACCUUGUAUAUGUACUGUCUUCAGAUAGUGAAAGUUAUCUAAGUUCAAUACUAGUAGUAUAAGAUAGAUCAGUAUUUUGAAAUCACACAACUUGUGUUAUCUUAAAAUAGAGUGACUCCCCUGAAGUAAAGGCCAACAUCUUUUCAAAACUGACUUUUUGGUGGCUGACUGGGUGAGUUAAAUUUAUUUUCUUGGAAAUUAUCCCUAAACAGCUCUUAACCCUUACUUCUAUUCCCACCAACUAUUGGUGGGAAUAGAAGUAAGUUAGCUGACAGCUAUUGAACAGUCACAUGACUGUUAAUUGUACAGUUGUACUUCAUGUAAGUGACAAGCCAAAAUAUGAAGAUAGUCAUGGUUACUUAUGGCAGGUGGUUGCUUUAAUACAAUAUGAAAUCAAACUCUCUUUCAAGAAGAGGUCCAGAGACAUCUUUUUGGAAAAGAAUUUAUUACAUAUAAUUUCAAAGUUGCUAAUUGUGUAUUAAGUUCCAUUUUGUUGCUAAGAGGUCUUUGCAUACUCUGAAUAGUAUAGCUACAUACGUCAUACAUAGAGAUCAGAUCAUGUGUUAAGUGCUCGUUUACAAGAGGUUAUACCCAAUGGGAAAAUUAUAAAACCUACACCCUAAAAAGUGUCUGUGUUUGAUGCUUAUAUAUAAGAGGUGGUCAUUUACAAGAGGUAUUCGUUGUAGGACUUUGGCAGGGAAAAUUUUGGUAUCUUGGAUACAGUGAGCUGUAGAUUGUUGCUUAUGGGUGGUGCAGGUGACUUACAAGAGGUGUUUGUGUUUGAUUGUAUUUGAUUUGGAAUUUNCUAGUAGUAUAAGAUAGAUCAGUAUUUUGAAAUCACACAACUUGUGUUAUCUUAAAAUAGAGUGACUCCCCUGAAGUAAAGGCCAACAUCUUUUCAAAACUGACUUUUUGGUGGCUGACUGGGUGAGUUAAAUUUAUUUUCUUGGAAAUUAUCCCUAAACAGCUCUUAACCCUUACUUCUAUUCCCACCAACUAUUGGUGGGAAUAGAAGUAAGUUAGCUGACAGCUAUUGAACAGUCACAUGACUGUUAAUUGUACAGUUGUACUUCAUGUAAGUGACAAGCCAAAAUAUGAAGAUAGUCAUGGUUACUUAUGGCAGGUGGUUGCUUUAAUACAAUAUGAAAUCAAACUCUCUUUCAAGAAGAGGUCCAGAGACAUCUUUUUGGAAAAGAAUUUAUUACAUAUAAUUUCAAAGUUGCUAAUUGUGUAUUAAGUUCCAUUUUGUUGCUAAGAGGUCUUUGCAUACUCUGAAUAGUAUAGCUACAUACGUCAUACAUAGAGAUCAGAUCAUGUGUUAAGUGCUCGUUUACAAGAGGUUAUACCCAAUGGGAAAAUUAUAAAACCUACACCCUAAAAAGUGUCUGUGUUUGAUGCUUAUAUAUAAGAGGUGGUCAUUUACAAGAGGUAUUCGUUGUAGGACUUUGGCAGGGAAAAUUUUGGUAUCUUGGAUACAGUGAGCUGUAGAUUGUUGCUUAUGGGUGGUGCAGGUGACUUACAAGAGGUGUUUGUGUUUGAUUGUAUUUGAUUUGGAAUUUUGUUUCGACAUGAUGUUGCAACAAAAAUGAUAUUACAAUGUCAUUAAUGGUUGCAGCUAAGUCAACAAGAAAGUACUGAGGUUUGUCAAGACAAUCAAUUUGAUCAAUUGUUUCUGUUAAUGUCUUCUCUUAUCCUCAGAUUAAUCAUCAAAGGUUAUAAAAAUCCCCUGGUUGACAGUGAUUUGUGGGCUUUAGGAAAAAAUAACAAGUCUGCAACCAUUGUUCCCAAGUUCAUGGAGAAGUGGGCCAAGGAGGAAAAGAGAUGCACUAUGUAAGUUACACACAAUUUUUGCCACAUAUUCCUUCUUAUAAUUAUUUUGGAAAACGUCUGUUACACAUUUUGAUGCAUUUUGUAGUGGUAAAAGGUGCCCCAUGGAGGAACAACAAGAGCUUGAGACAGCAAAGUUGAAAGGAGAAGAAGAAAAUGAUGAUCUAGCUGUAGUGUAUAAUGACAAGGAUAAGAAACAGAAAAAAAAGAAAAAAGAGAAGGAAAAAAAAGCUUCGUUACUGCGAGCCAUGGCGUACUUGUUUGGGCCACAGUUCCUGAUUGGCAUGCUCAUAAAACUUAGUUAUGAUGUGAUCCAGUUUGCUCAACCACAAUUGGUUAAGUGA